UCCUCAGAUUGUACAGGCCUGGAUGUGAAGAUGGCUGAGCAAUCGGCAUCUUCAUCACCUGAUUUUGCUGAACCUCAGGAGCAGCAGCAGCCCCUUAAAAGCUUAUUCAUCUCCUCUGUGGCUGAAGAGCACCAUUUAAAUGGGCUGACCAAAGCCCCUACUACCAUCCCUAGCUUCACCAACAGCAAAUCGAAUGCAGCCAAGAAACUGGUGAUCAAGAACUUUAAAGACAAAUAUAAACUGCAGGAAAACUACAUAGAUGAAACAUGGUGGAAACUGAAAGAAGCCGUAGAAGCCAUUCAGAACAAUACUUCAAUUCAAUACAAUUUAGAAGAACUCUAUCAGGCUGUUGAAAACCUCUGUUCCUACAGUAUCUCUGCAAACUUGUACAGACAGCUGAGACAGAUAUGCGAGGAGCACAUCAGAUACCAAAUUCUCCAGUUCCAAGAAGAUUCACUGGACAGUGUUCUGUUUCUAAAGAAAAUAGAUAAAUGCUGGCAAAACCACUGCAGACAAAUGGUCAUGAUUAGGAGCAUUUUUUUAUUCCUGGACAGAACAUAUAUUCUUCAGAAUUCAAUGCUGCCUUCCAUUUGGGACAUGGGCCUAGAAUUAUUUAGGACCCACAUAAUUAGUGAUCAGAAAGUCCAAAACAAGACUAUUGAAGGCAUUCUCCUUUUGAUCGCAAAGGAAAGGAACGGUGAAGCAAUCGAUAGAAGUUUGCUUCGAAGCCUUCUGAGUAUGCUUUCGGAUUUGCAGAUUUAUCAAGAUUCCUUUGAACAAAAAUUUUUGGAAGAAACCAACCUGUUAUAUGCUGCAGAAGGUGAGUGUUUAAUGCAAGAAAAAGAGGUUCCUGAAUACUUUCAUCACGUCAACAAACGUCUAGAAGAAGAAACAGAUAGACUGAUCACCUAUCUAGAUAUGAGUACUCAGAAGCCACUAAUUGCUACUGUAGAAAGGCAACUUCUAGGUGAACACUUAACCGCCAUCCUUCAGAAAGGUUUAAAUCACCUUCUUGAUGAAAAUAGGACUCAAGAUUUGUCCCUCCUCUAUCAGCUGUUUAGUAGGGUCCACAGUGGAGUUCAGGUCCUCUUGCAGCACUGGAUUGAGUACAUCAAAGCAUUUGGGAGCACUAUCGUCAAUAAUCCUGAAAAAGAUAAGACCAUGGUACAAGAAUUGCUGGAUUUUAAAGAUAAAGUUGACCACAUUAUCGAUAUCUGCUUUAUGAAAAACGAGAAGUUUGUCAAUGCGAUGAAAGAAGCAUUCGAAACCUUCAUUAACAAAAGGCCAAACAAGCCGGCCGAACUCCUAGCGAAGUAUGUGGAUUCAAAGCUCCGAGCGGGUAACAGAGAAACCACUGACGAAGAACUUGAGAAAAUGUUGGACAAGAUCAUGAUUAUAUUUCGGUUCAUUUACGGGAAAGAUGUCUUUGAAGCCUUUUACAAAAAGGACUUGGUCAAAAGACUGUUAGUUGGAAAGAGUGCGUCAGUAGAUGCUGAGAAGUCCAUGCUUUCCAAACUCAAGCAUGAGUGUGGGGCUGAGUUCACCAGAAACUUGGAAGGGAUGUUCAAAGACAUGGAGGUGUCAAAAGACAUCAUGGUUCAGUUCAAACAAUACACACAAAACCAAAAUUUUCCUGGGAGCAUUGAACUGACUGUGAAUACCCUGACAAUGGGCUAUUGGCCAACCUACGUGCCUAUGGAGGUUCACUUACCAGCUGAGAUGGUUAGACUUCAGGAGGUUUUCGUGACCUUUUACUUGAGUAAACACAGUGGUAGGAAACUUCAAUGGCAAUCAAGUCUAGGACACUGUGUACUGAAAGCAGAAUUUAAAGAGGAGAAAAAGGAACUCCAGGUCUCUCUUUUUCAAACGCUGGUGCUACUGAUGUUUAAUGAAGGUGAAGAAUUCAGUUUAGAGGACAUCAAGCAAGCUACAGGAAUAGAGGAUGGAGAAUUAAGGAGAACACUCCAGUCAUUGGCCUGUGGCAAAGCUAGAGUUCUGAUUAAAGAUUCAAAGGGCAAAGAUGUGGAAGAUGGUGAUAAAUUUACUUGCAAUGAUGACUUUAGACACAAGCUCUUCAGGAUAAAAAUUAACCAAAUCCAAAUGAAAGAAACGGUAGAGGAACAAAUAAGCACUACAGAAAAAGUCUUUCAAGACCGACAGUAUCAAAUCGAUGCUGCCAUUGUGAGAAUCAUGAAGAUAAGAAAGGCCCUCGACCACAAUCUGCUUGUUUCAGAAGUGUAUAACCAGCUGAAGUUCCCAGUUAAACCUACUGAUCUCAAGAAGCGUAUAGAAUCUUUAAUCGACAUGGACUACAUAGAAAGAGAUAAAGAGAACCCCAACCGGUACAACUAUAUUGCCUAA